UUUUAAGAAAAAACAUUUACAGGAACGGUAAUUUACCAAGUACGAGCAGCUUUUUCUUAAAGACAAAUUUUUGUAGUACAUACACCAUUCAAAAAUACUAUGGCUUCCAAAAUAACUUCAGCCAUCAUAAAUCCUACUUUGACACAUAAGGCGACCGUCAUUUUUCUUCACGGCCUUGGCGAUUCGGGUCAUGGAUGGUCAUUUAUGGCAGAGCAAUUCAAAUCUAUGGGUCAUGUAAAAUGGAUAUUCCCUAACGCACCAAUCGCUCCUGUUACCGCGAACAAUAACUUUAAGAUGCCUUCUUGGUUUGACAUAUAUUCUUUUAAUAAUUUGAACAAGCAAGAUGAGGAAGGAAUCCUUAAUUGCGUCAAUAUUAUUCACCAUUUGAUAGACGCUGAAAUAGCUGCAGGUAUUUCCAGCGACAAAAUAUUGAUCGGUGGUUUCUCUCAAGGUUGUAUGGCUUCGCUCUUUGCAGGAUUAACAUAUCCUAAACGCUUGGCUGGUAUCAUGGGACAUUCUGGUUUCCUUCCACUUGAACACAAAUUUCCAGAGUCCCUUUCCAGUUUUGCUAGAAGCAUUCCUAUCUUUCUUGCCUAUAUGAAUAAUGAUCCCAUCAUUCCUCGUGCUCUUGCUAGUGCUUCCGCCGAAUAUAUGAAGCAAAAGCUACUCUUGAAGUGUAUGGACAAACUUUACGACGGAGAUAUGCAUUCCCCUACCCCAGAGUCGUUCCUUGACAUGUAUAAAUUUGCUGUUUCUACCAUUGGAACUGCUUAGUUCUCUGCUUACAUAGACCUUGUUGUAAUAUCUAGAUUUUCCAUUUUUAUUCCGUUCAAGUACACACUCAGUAAAAGCGA